CUUUCUUAUGCACAGGUCAGUUUUUAUAAAAUGUAAUAAAUUAUAUGUUGUUGUAGAUGAAGCCCUCUGAGGCGGUCGAUGAACCAGACUCCACUGCAGUCAGCUCACCUUUGUCAAAGGAGCAAGAGGAUUCUGAGAUGUCAAGCUGCAACGAUGAAGAUGACGAAUACCACCCUCCUCCAGGGAGUCCAAGCUCCUCUUCAUCCUGCAGUAAUGUCUCAAUCUGCUCAGGGCUUUCACAUCAAACGGAAUUACAAUCAGGAAUGCAAGAGGAACCCAACAUCAUGUCUCAGGAAAUGGAUGACGGUGCAGAGGACGACAGAGAGGACACCGUUGUGCGGCAGAAGUCCAUCUCUAAACCCUCUGGGAAAAGGCGCAUACAGAAGUGCACUGAUGUGUCUGAUGAAAUAUAUGACAGCGCAGAAGAGGAUGGAGAGGAUGGAGGCACACAGAAGAGGUCCAUCACGAAACCCCCUGGGAAAAGGCGCAUGAAAACGCGCACUGAUGGAACAACAUUUGUUCAAAGCUCCUCAAACAAAAGCAGAAAGAAUCACAGAUCACCUGAAUUGAACAUGAGAGUUUUCUACAAGAGUCUGUUGUCUUUACUGGGCUUUUUCUCAGUUCAGAUGAAAGCAGAAACAGAAGUGAACAUAGCAAGAUGGGGAACAGCAAAUCAGUCGACAACAUUUGACGACUUCAAUCGUGACUGGAACGCCCAAAACGCUGUGGAUGGGUCGAGCUCCAACUGUUCUCGUACAGACACAGAAAGUGACCCAUGGUGGAAGCUGGAUCUGAAGAAGACGUACACUGUGAACAGAGUGACCAUCACUAACAGAAUCUGUCCAGGAGUGAACUGUGAAAUCUGGAUAAACGGGGCAGAGAUUCGGAUUGGAAACGAUUCUUCAGUUUUUGGCAACCCAGUAUGUGCUACAGUUUCCUCUAUUCCAGCAGGAAAAACCAACAGCUUCUCGUGUCCUGGGAUGAAGGGACGCUAUGUGACUGUGAAUAUUCCUGGACCUUCAAAGACUCUUACUUUCUGUAAAGUGGGAGUCUAUGUGAAUUUUACAGAUAAUCUGGCAACAGGAAGAACCGCCAUACAGUCGUCAACCUAUGGCCUCUGGUCUGCUGAACGUGCCAUUGAUUUCAAUCCUGGUUUCACAAAUUCAUGGUCAGCGUGUUCUUCAACCACUUCUCAGAACAAGCCAUGGUGGAGGGUGGAUCUGGGUUAUGUGUAUAGAGUAAGUACAGUUGUCAUCACAAACAUACUACUAGGCUGCUGUUCAGACAGAAUAAACGGAGCGGAGAUUCGCAUCGGAAACUCUUUGGAGAACAACGGCAACAACAAUCCCAGAUGCGCUGUGAUUUCUAGCAUUCCAGCUGGUGUUUCCUCCACUUACACAUGUAACAAUAUGGAGGGUCGAUACGUGAAUCUGUUCAUUCCUGAAGAUUCAAGGACGCUUACUCUGUGCGAGGUGGAGGUCUAUGGAGAAGGUCCUGUUUCCCAAGUAGACUCCUGUGAAGAUGAAACUUAAGUUUGAGUCUGUCUGAACCUCCAGCUCCUGUCACAGAACGAGGGAUUUCUGAUGUGAAAAGAGAGAUGAUGAUGAUGAUGAUGUUGAGGGAAGCUAAACUCUCUUCUGAACAGCUUUGAUAUUUAUUUACAUGCUGGAAUUUUCUCCAUUACUCAAACUGAUCACAAUAAAGUUGUAUGUGAAAAUUUA